AUGGCACGUUUGGGGGUGGCCCUACACUUGGCUUUGACCAUCUAUAAAAGCAUCAUCACCAUGGUUGCCAUCAAGUUCCUCGCCAGCUGCUUCACUUUGGCAAUUUACGGUGCCCACGCCUGUUCACUUGAAGCCCGUCAAGACAGCUCCGACUUCUUGCACCUCGGCAACGAUGGCCCCGCAGACCAAGAGACCGUUGGAUUCGCCAUCAACCACCUAUCCCUCAUCGUGAAGAACCUCACCGCCAGCAAACACUUCUAUGGCAAAGUACUCGGAAUGCGCCACAUCUUCACGGCAGACUUGACCCCGUUCUACAGCGUCGCCUACAUGGGCCAUGCGCAGGGCGGGCGGAACGGCAGCGGGUACCAAACAGGUGCAGAAAUGCUCCGGGACAAGAACAACGCCGCAGGCCUCCUUGAGUUCCAGUACUUUGCCAACUCCGAGGACAAAGGCCUGACGGCGACUACUCAGCGGCCUAACACUCUCAGUCACAUUGGACUUAUCGUGCCGAACCUUGAGAAGGCCCAGGCGCGGAUGAAAAAGUAUGGUGUCAAGAUCACCAAGGGCAUUGGCCAAAGUGCUGAGGGGAUCAAGUCGGUUGAGAAUGCGUAUGGUUUUGGGGAGUAUGCCACCAAGAACCAGACCAAGCGUGAUCUGCUCGUCAAAGGCCAGUCAUUGAUUGGGUUCGCUCAGUUUUUGACGGUGGAGGAUCCGGAUGGGAAUUUGAUCGAAAUUCAGCAAUUUGUGCCGCCGCCAGGUGUUGCGUGA